UGGGCUACUGCCAUUCACGAUGGUCAAAAAAUCCUCAUUCCCACCAGUUAUCUGGAACCAAUAAAUACACCAAAAGCUGAUAUGACGAAAGUGAAUAAUGGAAUCCCUCUACCACCCACAAAGAUGCCCCCAACCAGGCCCAAUUGUCAAGCCAAUGGGUAAUCCAUCAACAGAUCUGAAUGUACCAAAGAGACCUGUCUGUGACGCACCAGAACAAAAAGAGGAGACAGUGAAGGAGAAAGCUGGUCAACAAAUUCCUCUGCAAAAGGUAGAGAUGGUUGUCCAUUUACAGAGCGUACCAGAAACCAAGCAGGAGAUCACAAUGGCCAAGCAAGAUCAGAUGAGCGCAACACUGCCUGUAGGUGAAGAAGACAGCCUAAUAUCAUUACAAGUACAUACGGAGUUCACUGUAAACCUGUCAGUGAGAAAGGACAUCACUUAUACUGAGCUACAACAGCAUCUCAGACAAAAGCUGAAGCAACAUGGAGAGCAGAUGAACAUACAGCUGAGUUACAGGGAUUCUGAAGGGAAGCAAGUAACUCCGGUGAAAGGAGAUGCAGACCUCAAGGGAAUGUGGGAACAAGCCAAUCAGAAGAAGCUUAUCCUGUGCUGUAAGGACACAUAUAACUGUGUGGGUAGACCCAUCCUAUAUCACAUGAGAGCCAUCUACCACUAUUCUCCAGAAGGACCAGAAGAUCUUACCUUUAACGAAGGUCAUAUCAUUGACAUUCUCUCAGAAGUGAAUGAGGAGUGGCUGGAAGGUCACUGCAAUGGAAGUAUCGGAAUAUUCCCCAAGUGCUUUGCUACAAGACUUGCGUGA